AGUAAAAGGCUCUCCUGCAGCUGUGGCGCGGCUCCAUCCAGGAUGGCUGCCCUCGCUGUAAACAAGCCCGGAGCCGGAGUAGACAGUGGGCGGCAGGGCAGCCGGGGGACGGCUGUGGUGAAGGUUCUGGAGUGUGGGGUUUGUGAAGAUGUCUUCUCUUUGCAAGGAGAUAAAGUUCCUCGCCUCCUCCUCUGUGGCCACACAGUCUGUCAUGACUGUCUUACUCGCUUGCCUCUGCAUGGAAGAGCAAUACGUUGCCCAUUUGAUCGACAAGUAACAGACCUAGGAGACUCAGGUGUAUGGGGUUUGAAAAAGAACUUUGCUUUACUGGAGCUUUUAGAACGUUUGCAAAAUGGGCACAUUGGUCAGUAUGGAGCUGCAGAAGAGGCCAUUGGGACAUCUGGAGAGAGCAUCAUUCGCUGUGAUGAAGAUGAAGCUCACGUUGCAUCUGUAUAUUGCACUGUGUGUGCAACUCACUUGUGCUCAGACUGUUCUCAAGUUACUCAUUCUACAAAGACAUUAGCAAAGCAUAGGCGUGUGCCUCUAGCUGAUAAACCUCAUGAGAAAACCAUGUGCUGUCAGCACCAGGUGCAUGCCAUUGAGUUUGUUUGCUUGGAAGAAGGUUGUCAAACUAGUCCACUCAUGUGCUGUGUCUGCAAAGAAUAUGGAAAGCACCAAGGUCACAAGCAUUCAGUACUGGAACCAGAAGCUAAUCAGAUCCGAGCAUCAAUUUUAGACAUGGCUCACUGCAUACGGACCUUCACUGAGGAAAUCUCAGAUUAUUCCAGAAAAUUAGUUGGGAUUGUUCAGCACAUUGAAGGAGGAGAACAAAUAGUAGAAGAUGGAAUUGGAAUGGCUCACACAGAACAUGUCCCAGGUACUGCAGAGAAUGCCCGAUCAUGUGUCAGAGCUUAUUUUUCUGAUUUACAUGAAACUCUUUGUCGUCAAGAAGAAAUGGCUCUAAGUGUUGUUGAUGCCCAUGUUCGAGAAAAACUGAUUUGGCUUAGGCAGCAACAAGAGGAUAUGACUAUUCUCUUGUCCCAGGUCUCAACAGCCUGUCUCCACUGUGAAAAAACUCUGCAGCAGGAUGAUUGCAGAGUUGUCUUGGCAAAACAAGAAAUCACAAGAUUACUAGAAACACUGCAGAAACAGCAGCAGCAGUUUACAGAGGUUGCAGAUCAUAUUCAGUUGGAUGCCAGUAUUCCAGUCACUUUUACAAAGGACAAUAGAGUUCAUAUUGGACCCAAAAUGGAAAUCCGAGUAGUCACAUUAGGAUUAGAUGGUGCUGGAAAAACUACCAUUUUGUUCAAGUUAAAACAAGAUGAAUUUAUGCAACCUAUUCCAACAAUUGGUUUUAAUGUGGAAACUGUGGAAUACAAAAAUCUAAAAUUCACCAUUUGGGAUGUGGGUGGAAAACACAAAUUAAGACCAUUGUGGAAACAUUAUUACCUCAAUACACAAGCUGUUGUAUUUGUUGUUGAUAGUAGUCAUAGAGACAGAAUUAGUGAAGCACACAGUGAACUUGCAAAGUUGUUAACGGAAAAAGAACUCCGAGAUGCCUUACUCUUGAUUUUUGCUAACAAACAGGAUGUAGCUGGAGCACUUUCAGUAGAAGAAAUCACUGAACUUCUCAGUCUCCAUAAACUAUGCUGUGGAAGGAGUUGGUAUAUUCAGGGCUGUGAUGCUCGAAGUGGAAUGGGGCUCUACGAAGGGUUGGACUGGCUGUCCCGGCAACUUGUGGCUGCUGGAGUGUUGGAUGUUGCUUGAUUUUAAUGCAGCAGUUGUUUCAUGCUUAUGGUUAACAGUUACUUUGCAUGUGAUGCAUUCUAAGAAAUUCUACAUCUCAAAUGUGAUAAUUAAUUUAGUAUGUGUAUAUAUGAAUCCUGGACUGAGAAAUGUACCAUUGUUUUUAAAAAGUACUCUGUGGCAAAUUUAAAUGACCCUGUUACAUUGGUUAAAUGGAGGUUUCUUGGAUAUACACUUUUAAAAGGUACAUUAGGCAUUGGAAACUUUCAGUGUAUAUAUGUCCUUAUAUUGAGAGAGAAGUGGUCACAGACAAUGAGUAGAAGGUCCUUUAUUUUAGUGAAAAAACAGCCAGUGGAGUGCCUAACAGAGCUUAAGGAAGUAUGGCUUUACCCCACCUUUUUAUUGUUUUUGGCCAUUGUGUACUAGAAUUGAAGCUAUAUUGGGGUAAUAGGAUUGCUUUACUUCCACAUUUAGCAUAACAUCCUUAGUGCUGGGGUCCAUAAAACAUAGAAAAUCAUUUUUUUCUACAAUUUUAUUAUAACUCUCUCCUAAAGCAUUUUGCAUAACGCACAGUGAGAAUGAAAUGUUACCUAAGUGGACCUGAUCAUUAGACCAGAACUAAAUUAAGAACAAUAAAACUGUGAAAGUUGUUUGAUCUUCACUCAUAAGAACCAUUUCCAGGACUGGGCCUAAGUUUAUUUCCCAGGUCAUAGCCCUAAAUUGCUCCUUUAUUUGUUCAACACAUUUUCUUAGGCUAAGUAAUGUGCAUCCUUUGUUGGUAAAGUGUCGUAAGUCACAUGAAAAACCUGUCACCUUUACAUAAACACAUUGAGACCUAAAUAGGAAACUACCUAUACCUUAGGAAAGGUUUUUCAAACAGUGGGAAUGCUAAUUUCUUUAACAUGGUUUUCCAAGUUAAGUGCAUUUACUUGACAAUAAAAAGGAUCAAGGCUCUUUAGGACAAGGUCUCAGUUAAAAGGAAGAACAUGUCUAAAGUAAAAGAAACUUUUAUAAAAAGUUUACAUUUACUAUGGCAGUGUUGUGAAUAAAAAUUAAAUUUUGUGUUCUUACAGUUUAUUUGUAAAAGAUACUCUUAUUAUGGAAGCAUGAUUUCUUAUAUUUAAAUAGGUAGAUCUCCUGUUACUAAUGCUCUUUAAGAUGAAGUUGAGAGCUAAAUCUUAGUGCAAUUGUUACAAGGACAGUGAUUUUUAGGUGGCAAUGUUCUGGUUCAGUUUUUUCAAAUAUACUUUUUUUUUUUUAAACUUAGGAGCCAGCACUAUAAAAAGCCCAUCAAAUAUUAUGGGCAGUAUGUAAAUAAAAAUAUAAUAAUUUGCCAUUUUUCAAGAAAGUAACCGGUCACGCUGUUACAAGUAGUUUGUAUGCAUAUGUAAUACUUUGUAAUUAAAUUAUUUAAUAUUUGACUGAUUUUAGUAACUGUGAAAAAUAAAGAUGUUGCAUUUAUUUGUGAGACUUUGAAUUGUUUUCUGUAGUAGGUAACUGAAAAUAUGUUGACACUAAGAUGUGAACUUGCUUUUCUUGUAAAUUAAGAACUUUAUUAUUUCUCUAAUUUUGUUAAACUUUGUAGUUCUUAUUCUUAAAAUAUAACUAAACUAAUUUUAAAAUUGCUUAAAUCUGACUGUGACGUAUACAUACUGUGGUGUUUGUGUUACUUUUUCUUGGGUGGGCUCCUAAUACUGUGCAUAAUAGUUAGAUCCUUUGAGUAGUCAUUGUUAAGACUGUAUUAGUUUCUUCAGGGAAAUAUCAAACUCGAAGAAUCAACAGAUGUUUUAAGUAUAAUAGUAUUUGCCUUAUAUCUCUGAAGUUCUAUAUUACAUCUAAUUAUUAUUGUAUGAAAUAUGUAAAACAGGUAUGUCAAGUGUAUAUAGCUCUGGUCUGUAAUUCAGAAAUGAUUUAUAGCCUCCAGAAGCCAUUAUUUGCACUUACAUAUAUGAUCAGUAUAGAAAGCAAUAAAAUGUUUAAGUUAUAAGGAGUUGUUAUUCUAAAAAUUGUUUAAUAAACCAUGUAUCUAGUAUCAUGCUAGUUAACAAUUUAAGUCAUUAUUAAAAUUGGGCAUAGCUCAAUAGUC